CUCAGUUGAGACAGUUGUCUCUCUAUCUGGUGGCAACACACAUAGAGAUCACAGGCGGUAUGUGGUACCUUAAUUGCGGAGGACGGGCUCAUUUUAAUUGCUAGAAUGGAAUACAUGUAAUGGUAUCAAAAACGCCAAACGAGUGGUUUCCAUGGGUUGGAUACCAUUCCAUUUACUCCAUCCCAGCCAUUAUUAAGAGCCGGCCUCCUCUCACAGCCUACUGUGAUAGGUUACACCCAAGCACCAAAAUAGAAUAGGCAUGAUGCAGAUGUUUUAACAACUGUUAAGACAAGCUAUCUCAGAGGAGAGAAAGUGAAUGUACCAAGUAAGUCAUUGUACUAAGGUAUUUUUUUUUAUAGAAGACAUGAUACUGCCAGUAUGAGUACAACUGGUUCUGGAACUUUGAUGCCAGCUCUUUCUCUCUCUCUCUUACAGUAGUCCCAAUCGGAACUGUUUAGACAGCUUUAUCCUUGCACCAUAUCAUCUCUACAAUUCUGCCUGAUAGUUCAAUGGUAUUGUAUGGGAUUAACAUGGAUUGAGUGCUCUUUCAGGAGUUCUGAAUCCUAAAUGGUGAUGCGCUGUCCCUGUGCUCAGUGCCUGAAGGUCAGUGGACCAGCUGGACUGUGAAGGGGAAUGCCAGAGAGAAAGAGGGAGGGAGUUACCCGUCAUACAUGAUCUGAGCCAACCUCCACCCCGCCCCGCCCCGCCCCUCCCUCCUGGCCCUCCCUCUCUACUCUUAACUGUGUGUUCUGAAUGUGGUUCAACAAGCUGGACCGCCUCCAGCACACUCUAGGGCUGGGCUGGAACAGCUGUUCAAGCAUGUGUGUGCGUACAUGUGUCAGUACAUCUAUGUCUAUCUUCGUUUCUAUCUCUCUGUGUCUAUGUCUGCCUCUCUCUCUUUCCCUCACACACACCGUGCUGAGGUGCUUCCUGAACAGGGCUCGCUCUAGGACCCAGUGAGAGAGAGACUAGGGGGCGCGGUGAUAUUUUUAAUCUGACCACAGAGCCUGUUAACUCGCUGCUGCUGUUUCCUCGAAACUGAAGACAGCUCUGACAGAAGUGCCUUGUGCCUUUUAGCAUAGUUCUUCAUCCUCAGUGUGAUACUAACCGCUGUAGGGUAGUACCCCAGCCCCUUGGAGCAGAGACACCCCCAGGUCCCAGACAGCGGCCCCCCCCUUCAUGGCCCCGUGGCCCUGUGUGUCCUGACAUGCCAGGCAGCAGCAGCAGCACAUGCCAAGCCCCAACAGGCCAGCCAUGGAGCAGCAAGCCUGGAUACUGAGGGGCUUCCUGGCUCAAGUGGAGAGCAAGGAGGCUGAGGUGGAGGAGGCGGAGAGUGGCUUCACCGGGGAGUUCUUGAGGCUCAAACGCCAGUCCACCAAGUACCGCACUGACAAAACCUACCCCACAAAGAUAGCAGAUAAGCAGGAGAACGUGAAGAAGAACCGAUACAAGGACAUUGUUCCCUUUGACCACAGCAGAGUGAAACUGUCCCUCACCACCUCCAAGAACGAUAAUGACUACAUCAAUGCCAGCUUCAUCAAGGGAGUGUCAGGGGCCAGGGCCUACAUUGCCACCCAGGGCCCUCUUCCCCACACCGUGCUGGACUUCUGGAGGAUGCUCUGGGAGUAUGACACAGAGGUCAUAGUGAUGGUUUGCAGGGAGUUUGAGAUGGGCAGGAAAAAGUGUGAGCGCUACUGGCCAAAGAAACAAGAGGAACCUUUUGUGUGUGACCCGUUUACUAUUUACUGCGACUCAGAGGAGAGUAAAGGAGACUAUGUGAGCAGGAACCUAAGAGUGACCUACCGCAAUUGGAGUCGUACCCUGAGACAGCUGCACUAUAUCAACUGGCCGGACCACGGGGUCCCAGACACCAUCCCUCCCAUCCUGGAGCUCCUGCAGGAGAUGAGAGCUUACCAGGCCCAUGAGGAUGUACCCAUCUGUAUCCACUGCAGUGCUGGCUGUGGAAGAACAGGAGCACUGUGUGCCAUCGACUACACCUGGAACCUGGUGAAAACACAGCUGCUCACAGAAGAAUUCAACAUCUAUGACCUGGUCAAAGACAUGAGAACACAGAGGCCUUCUGUGGUUCAGACCAAGGAACAGUACGAGCUACUAUACAGAACCAUCAAGUUCCUGUUUGAGAAGUACCUGCAGUCCAUGGCACCAGUCCCCCCUUCCUGUACAGAGGAGGUGCCAGCGGCCCCCUCACCCCCUACAGCCAGUGACAGUGAGCUCUCUGACCUCAGUGAGGAGUCUGAAGCUGAACAGGAACCAGAACCCGAUCCCCAGCCUAAAAUGGAACCACAGGCAGAACACAGGCACACAGAGAGCGAGGAGCCUGGUGGGAUAUCCAAUCAUGGCAUACCAGUGGCCUUCUUUGCCCCAGAAGUGCAUGUUGACCCACUGUGUGACGCGGCUAAGUGCUCCCCCUCAGCCAUCCUCAAUGCUCUGAGAGCUAGGGACAGCCAGAGGGAACAGCAGAGCCCAUACUCCCUACAAACACAGACUGUGAACCAGAAACCACAACCCCGCAAGAAACAGCCCAAUAACAUGGCCGUCAAUCAGAGACCACCAUACCCGCUACCGACACAGCCUAAUUACCAGAGACCUUAUUUCCACAACACACAGCCUGCUAACCUGCCCACCAGCCAGGACCUGAGGCAAGAGCCCAGCCCCAGUAUCCCCAUCAUAACCCCUCAGGCACUCAAGCCUCAGGAGUUCUCUCAGAUAGCCAUGGAGGAAGAGAAGGUGGAGAUGGAUAGAGAGAUCACCCCACUGGAAAUACCAGUGCUUCCUGUGAACUUAUUCUCCAACUCCCUCUGUCUCACCAUGGAGGACCCCUACUUUGGGCCUGACUCACCCCUGGCUGCUCAGGAUCGCAAAGGGUCUGAUGAUGAGGAGGAGCAGGCUCCACUGAGCCAGUGGACAGAGAACCCCUGUUUCAACGGACCCAGCCUGACCCUUAACAGCCAGCGGAUGGAGCUGCCAGCCCUCACCACCACCAACGCUGCCCCGGGUGCAGUUUCUUCAGAUGAAGACAGUCCACCUCCAUUACCCGAGAGAACUGCUGAAUCAUAUGUACUGGCUGCUGGUGCAGAGCGCUCGGAUAACAUCUCUAAACCUAAGAUGUUAGAAAUCAUCCUCCCUUUUAAUGCUGAAGCUGAGGCCCUCAGGGGGGGGAAUGGUGAGUGGAGGAAUGGGAGUCCCCUGUCGCCCAUCCCCCCACUGCCAGAGAGAACGCCAGAGUCCUUUGUGUUGGCCAACGAUGCCGGUAGGAGCACUCCUGUCUUCCCUCUCCUCUCAGUCCCUGUAGAGAAGAUGGUCCAGGACAGGCCAAAGGACAGCAGGAUUGGAACAUCCUCGGAAUGGUGUGGCCGUUUAGGGGACACACCAGCUCUGGUGGAGAAGAGAUCUUGGACGAGGAGCAGGAGCUUAAAAGUUAAAAUGACAACACUCUCAGUAUCACCCCAGGUUACAGUGUCACCCCCGGUUACAGUGCCUCCCCUAGUUGUAUCUUCGGUUCCUGCUCCCUGUACAUCUAUAAACCUUCCUCCUCCCCCUCCCCCUCCCCUGGUCCCUACUCUCUCACCUCCAGAGAGACUGACUCCGCCUCUACCUGAGAGAACCCCAGAAUCCUUCAUGGUGGUCCUUCAGGACGUUGCAUUUGAUCAAAACAGCGCCCCCUGCCUGCAGAGUCUGAGCAGCCAGACCACAACCACACAGCAGAGGAUCGGUACGUCCUCAGAGUGGUCGGGGAACUCCCAACCCAAAAGAUUCCUGGAUGGAAUCAUGAAUCGGAGCAAGAGUGUCCGGGCAAAGAGUUCACGGCAAGAGCACCUGGCGACUGUUCAUCUGGUUGCUCCAGCCGUUGUGGCCUUGGCGACAGCAGGAAGUGCUGAGAUGGAGCACCAGCAGCCGGUGGUCAACAGCAUCUCAACCAGCUCUGGUACUGCUGACAACAAAUCAGACAAGGACAGUGGGAAGGGCAUGUCUAGAACAAAGAGCCUGAAGUUCUUCAAGUACAGACAGAAACCAAAGACAGCCCCCCCAGCAGCAACAGCCCACUCUGGAUCACCUCCUUAUGGUGCCUCUGCCUCAUCAUCAGUGUUUAAAUUUGGAUUUGGGAGUCGUUUUGUGAAGCCUAAAGGGCCAAGGACUCACCCCGAGACGUGGUUUUAAGGCGGCCAGUCAACAAAGCUGGACACGUCUGGCCACUGUCCUGAGAUCACAGGGCUGGAACCCUGCAUGUGGCUAGUCGAUACCGGCUACUCAACUGAACCAGUGAUUGCCUGGUCCCAGGCCUGCUGGUGCCGUUUUUCCAACUCCUGUGUCAUUAUCAAGUGAGACCAGUGACCGUUCCCAGACGAAUUAUCACAGUGUGAAGGAAGAGUAUUUCAUGAAGACAUGGAGGAUGACGUACUGUACUGUAGCAUUCUCCCUCUGCAUCGAUUCUGGAAGGACACAAGCACGGUUUCUCAAACUGCUGUUAUGGCUCGGUGAUCAAUCUCUGAUGAGAUUCCUUUUACAGAACCACCUGCUUGCUAUUCAUGACAAAAUUGAUUGUACUGUGGUUGCGAAAAACACAAAUCACAUGUUGGCAAAAGGAUGGAUGAGUUGAUAAAUAUGUUUAAGCGAGGGCUACUUUUGACUAUUUUGCCUGGUCAGAUACUGUAAGGUACUUUAAAUGGUUGUUAACACUUGAUACAUGUUACAUCCAGAUAGUUUUACAUGUCUUUUGAUUUGGUUUGUUAGUGUAGUCUACUUUUGAUCCAGACAAAUGCUAGAUCUACACCUGCACUGUUCAGUGUGAAUGUUACCCACCACGAUGGGACAACUGUUUGUAAGGAUAAAUAUAUUUGUACCGGUAAUAUUUUUCAUGGCGGUGUGAGAUAAGACCGAUACUGUAUGUACAUCACGUGUAAGUUGGUGGAUGCGUUUUCUUUACAGGCUAUAAUUUAAAAGCAAAUCCAAGACCAAUUGCUGUAAAUUUACCCAUUGAUGAGGAUCACUGAUUUCUUCUCUAUAAUGCUUACAAAAGUAAUGCCACUCAGUUGUUUCAUACAUAAUACAGGCAUACAGUUAUUUUUUUUUUUUUAAACACAGGAAAAGUUGAUGCAUUCCAUUGUGUGUUCUCAAUUUACAUGACUGAUCACACUUUUAAUAACAUAAUUCUAUUAAAUGUAACUUAUUAUUUUUACCC